UCCCACAAUGGCAUCUUCCUUUUAUCGACUUUUCCUAGUGGUCAGCGUCUGUGCUCCCGUCUACUGUGUACCCCCCUCCAGCAUCCCCAGCCAACGCCCCCCCUGCCCCGCCCCCACAAGGAGCCCCGCUACCUCCCAGGCAUCUUCCAGCAACACCAACUUCGCCUUCCGCCUCUACCAAAGGCUGGUUUUGAAGGCGCCGGGUCAGAACAUCUUCUUCUCCCCGCUGAGUAUUUCUGCUUCCCUAGCCAUGCUCUCCCUCGGCGCCCGCUCAGCCACCAAGACCCAGAUCCUGCAGAGCCUGGGGUUCAACCUCACACACGUGCCGGAGUCUGCCAUCCACCAGGCCUUCCAGCACCUGCUACACUCACUCCGUGUCCCCAGCAAAGACUUGGACUUGAGGGUGGGGAGUGUCCUCUUCGUCAAAAAGGAGCUGCCCCUACAGACAAAUUUCUUGGACAACGUCAGGAGGCUGUAUGAGUCGAAAGUCUUUUCCACAGAUUUCUCUAGGACCACCACCGCCCGGAAGACGAUCAACAGCUAUGUGGAGAAGGAGACCAAAGGGAAGGUCGUAGACUUAAUCCAAGACCUUGAACCUCUGACGGCCAUGGUCCUGGUGAAUCACAUUUUCUUUAAAGCCAAGUGGGAGAAGCCCUUUAACCCUGGAUAUACAAGAAAGAGCUCUUCAUUCCUGGUGGGCCAGAAGACCACUGUGAAAGUCCCCAUGAUGCACCAGGUGGAAGAAUUUGCUUUUGGGGUGGAUCCAGAGCUGAACUGCUCUGUGCUGCAGAUGAUCUACAGCGGCAACACCGUGGCCCUCCUUGUCCUCCCUGGCCUGGGCAAGAUGAGGCAGCUGGAACAGGCCUUGUCAGCCAGGACACUGAGGCGAUGGAGCCUCUUACUCCGGAAGAGGUGGCUAGAGGUGUUCAUUCCAAAAUUUUCCAUUUCUGCAUCCUAUGACCUGGAAACCAUCCUCCCGAAGAUGGGCAUCUGGGAUGCCUUUAAUGAAAACGCAGAUUUUUCUGGAAUCACAAAGACAGGCUUCCUGCAGCUUUCCAAAGCUGCCCACAAGGCUGUGCUGGACGUCAGCGAGGAGGGGACGGAGGCUGCAGCAGCCACCGCCACCAAGCUCAUAGUCCGGUCAAAGGACGGCCCUUCUCACACCGUCAUCCGCUUCAAUAGGUCUUUCUUGCUGCUGCUGAUAAACAGAGCCACAGAGGCCAUUCUCUUCCUAGGGAAAGUUGAAAAUCCCACUAAAUCCUAGGUGGAAAGAUCCUGCCGGCUGAGAACCUGUUGAAAAUGUCCAGGAAACAAACCACUUUGUAUAAUGCUCCCCGUGUGGCUUUAGGACAUGUCCCCUCCUGCUCUGAGGGUCCCCUUGACCCCAGCAGAGCUGCAUUUUCUGCUGGGAUGCCACCUUUAAGACUCAGUCAUCAGAUCAGCAGAGAUCAUGGUCACAAACAAAAGCUCAUUAACCCCCAAUCAGUGCUCUACAAAUCCAAGCAACUAGCUUCAUGGAUGUUUCUGGUUGGCAUAUUCCCAUUCCUCAGAGCCCCUGGGAAUGCUAAUAUGCAGGUCAGUCACCUUUAUUACAGAAUUAUUGUAAUAAACUCAACAAACCUAAUGUGUGAAUUCAGCCAAGAACAAUGCUGGCGCAUGCCCUCAGGGCCCUAAUGUGAUAAUGGUUUGUCCGGGAAGUCCCAGUGGCCUGGUUGUCGUGAGGUGAUAUUUCAGUGGCUGCAUGGAUUCAUUCAUUCAUUUCAACAGAAACUCACUGAGGAUCUAGUAGGUGCUGGGAGUGAAUCAGAUGGACAACAUCCCUGGACUCCUGGGCCUAGACAGGGGUGACUGACCACAACCAAACCUAUAAACAAAUAAACAGUGGAGGGCA